AUGCAACCUACAAAGCGAUCAGUACUAUCAGUCCUCGCUCGAUUAUAUGAUCCCAUUGGAACAUUAGGCCCAAUGGUUUUCUGGGCUAAGUGCCUAAUGCAAGAGCUAUGGCGACGAGGACUGAACUGGGACACUCCAAUUUCCAAUGAGAUCUCUUCCAAGUGGAAUAUGUUCAUAGAAGAACUUACAUCGUUGGCGCACUUGAAGUUACUUCGUCAUAUUAGCAUUGGAAAAUGCAUAAAGGCUCAGCUAGUGGGGUUUGCAGAUGCGUCACAAAGGGGUUAUGCUGCGACGGUAUUUCUACGAGUAACGGACAAUCAAGGUAUUAUUAACGUGCAUUUCAUUGCUUGCAAGUCAAAGGUUGCUCCGCUAAAGACAUCCAAGAUCGAUAAGUCUUUGACCAUACCCCGUUUAGAACUAUGUGCCGCACUUUUGUUAGCACGUCUCCUUUCACAUAAGAUGUCACUGUUAAAGGAAUUAGUAUCUGUACAAAGCAUCAAAGCAUUCUCUGAUUCAACCAUUGUUUUGUCAUGGUUAAAGGCCGAGCCCAAGGUUUUUAAAAUAUUUGUUACAAAUAGAGUAAACAAAAUAAAGGAGCUACUGCCACAAUGUGAGUGGAAUCACGUAAAAACUACGGAAAAUGCAGCGGACCCGGCAUCAAGAGGGUUACUCCCAAGCCAAUUAGUUGCUUCGCAGUUGCAUUUGAACGGUCCGGAAUUCUUACGGCAGCCCGAAGAACAAUGGCCGAGUCAAACUUUAACAAGACUUCCUUCCGAGCAACUUCCAGAUUACAAACCACCAGUGAAGUACUUACGGAAGCAGUUAGAAAAUACAACGGCAUCGAUAACCCCCAAUUCACUUGCUCAGUUGUCACCAUAUUUAGACAAGGAAGGAUUAAUACGUGUCGGCGGUCGACUUCGUUUUUCGCUUCUGACCGAGGAAGCUAAGCAUCCGGUGUUGCUCCCUAAGGCUGCUCAUGUUACGCAGUUAAUCAUAAUCCAUUAUCAUAUGAGCCUUCUACAUGCCGGUCCAAAAUUAGUUAUGGCUAUGAUUCAAAGGAAAUAUUGGAUUGUCAGGACGUGCCGCCAUUCGGAAAAUUAUACAUACAUGUGUUAG